CUCAUGGACAGCGUGCAUGAUUCAAGGUAUAAAAGAUGCCACUCGUUCACGAGAGCAACGAUUUGUCCGCGAUAUUCUCUCCAAUGAUGGCUAUGCACCGUGAUUUCCGUUGGUCUCUGACAAACUUCGUCCUCGUGACGCUUCUCGUCGCUUCCAGUGCGGCACGAGAGAUCUGUGACAAAUCGAAGUGUUCAGGACCUUUGACAUACUACAAAGGUCUCAACUGUAAACCAGUGUAUAAAAAUACCAAUGAUUGCUGUCCCGAAUCGUUUGACUGUAGCCAUUUGAAAAAUUUGUCAGAGAAAAAAUGUUAUGCAAAUGGCAAUGAAUAUAGCAUUGGUGAAUCGUUGAAGGAUGAGGAUGCAAAUGCUUGCGAUAUAGGCUGCACUUGCGUAGAAGGGUACAAUGGCGGACUGCCAUACUUCUCGUGUGCGAUAGUAGACUGUCCAUUCUCGGAAAUCGACGUUAGGGAAAAUUGUUUUCAUAAAAAUACACCUGACACCUGCUGUGCAACAUCGUUGGUUUGUUUGAAGGAAGGUGAAAAGAGGGCAACUUGUGAGGUUGAUGGAAAAACUUAUAAAGAAGGGGAAUAUUUCCAACCAAAAUCUGAUUCAGGAUUGAAUUGUUACUGCAUGCCAAACUACAAAGGUGAAAACGUUGCACCUUUCUGCAAGAAACAUCACUGCAGGCCUCUAUUCCGAGGAGCCGAUGAUGUACGUCAAAAUUGUGUGCCGGUCUUUUAUGUCGGUCAAAAUCCGCAAACCGACUGCAAUAUUGCCAGUAGAUGUCAAAAUGAAAAUGACACUGUUAUUAGUAAUCACGAUGCUAAAGCUGUCGUGGAAACAGACGAGAGUAAAAUGUGUCGAUUUGGUAAUCUAACGAUGUACAUUGGAGACGAACUGAACCAGGAUACUGGGUACGAUUCCCGGUGCGUGAAAUGCGUAUGCGAAGUUCCACCGUUUCCAACCUGUAUGCAUCGCGAUGAUGGAGAAUGUGCUCCCCCGUCACUUCCUGGUACUAAUUUGGAUUAAUAUCCACUGGCUAUUACACAUUUUAACUUUAUCAGAAGGAACGUUACAUGCCUUUGGAAAAAGAAACGACGAAGAAUAUUUGUGAUCUAGGCAGCUCAGUUUAGUUACCAAAUUAGCUACUAUUGUAUUUUGAUGCAAAGAAUAAUAUCGUAUUUAUGUUUUAAUUUCUUCAUUUUUUAAAUUUAAAUAGUAUUUUGUUAUAUAAUAUAAACAAAAUGUUACUGACAAUUUUAGUGUAUAAUAAA